ACAACACACAUCGUUUACAAGCAGAUUAACAGAAAAUUAUGCUGUAAUGUCUGUAAUGCCUUAAAGUCCACAUUCAACAGCUUCAUUGAAAAAAAAAAAAAAAACGUAAUACAAUUAAUAAGAAAAUGUACUCUUAGAUAUUUAAACAUAUGCUAAUCCACAUGCAGGAGAUAAUACUCAGGGACAUCCGUGAAUACCUCCUUAUUUUGUACUUGUAAAACAUUGCUUUGACACGACUGUAAUGGAUUAUAAUCAUGCCAGUAAACUCAGUGACUCAGAGAGAGAGAGAGAGAGAGAGAGAGAGAGAGAGAGAGAGAGAGAGAGAGAGAGAGAGAGAGAGAGAGAGAGAGAGAGGUGAAAGCUUUCGGGGUGAAGAUUUGAAGCCUUUAAAGCACAUGACCACACACAAAACAGACAUUCACUCUACUAGGGGCUUUAUCCAGAUUUACCUUAACUUAAAGGGAUCGAGGUUCGUUAGAGGAUUCUACUGCAUCAUUCAUUUCAUUACUGAGACUUUAUAAAUAAUGUUCUUUUUCCCAUAAAAAAAUAAAUAAUAAAUAAAUAAAUAAAUAAAUAAAUAAAUAAAUAAAAAUUAUAGGUUAAAUAAUGAAAGGUGAACUGGCGAAAAUCUGAGCUCUCUUAUCGGUCUGUCGUUUCUGAGUGCCAAUAAUGACAAAGACAAAACUUGAGGUCAAUCCUGCUUCUUAUGCACGUUCAUCCCAUCACGGACAGGACGGGGAGGAUAAAGACUGUGGAGACGCGAGCAGCCACCAGCAGUCAAGACAAAUCCACCGGCGUCAUGUGCAACAGAUGACCUCAAAAGAACCUCAGACGAACGCUUUCUCCAAAAUCAACUCAGGACACUCGCAUUCAAAGAAAUGUGCCGUGCCGCAUUCUUCUGGCACGGCAAAUAUCCAGCGCGCACCAAAUGGUGGACACAAGGAGAUGAAACCAGAGUCGAGAAAACGCCCGGAGAAAGCCCAUCAGUCACCCUGCCAGAGGAAUCGCAGAAAUAAAUCGUCCGGAAGAAGAAAACUAUCGGAUGCAAGCAUCACAUCUGAUGAUUUGAGCAAGGACUCUGGCUGUGCUACCGGGAAACAGUCUUCCAUGGACAGCAGCUCCGAGGUCUCCGACGCAUCGGACGAGCAUAAGCAGUCAGCUAAUGCCCAAUUUGGUGAUCCAGAGGUCAGUCACAGGGGAACCGACGAAGAGAGGAUGGACGAUUCAACUGGGCAAAUAUCAGACCAUAGAGAUGAAAAUGGUGUGAUCAAUGCCACCUUGUCCCCUGGGCUCGGCUUUGGAGAGGGAAGCAUCUCUCCUGGAGACCAGAGGUCCUACGCGUCUUUUGACAGUCGCUUGAACUUCAGCGCAUCAGCAUUUUCGGAUCUGACUGGAGACUUUGAUGAUGGGGUGCAUGAAGAUCUGCUGAGAGAGAUUGACGACCUAAGAUCGGAAAAUGAAUAUUUAAAGGAUGAGAUGGAGGAGCUCCGCUCAGAGAUGCUGGAAAUGAGGGACAUGUACAUGGAGGACAACAUGUACCAGCUGCAGGAACUCAGGCAGCAGCUGGAACAAGCCAACAAGGCCUGCCGUAUCCUGCAGUACCGGCUCAGGAAAGCAGAGAGACGCAGCCUUCGAGUGGCCCAGACAGGGCAAGUGGACGGAGAGCUUAUCAGAACUUUAGAACAUGAUAUUAGGGUGGCAAAAAGUGUCUCCCUUCGCCUUCACAGUGAACUUGAAAGCAUUCAAAAGAAAAACUCUCGACUGGAGUGGGAAAAUGAGGAGCUGCGUGAACGGCUACAGGAUUUGGAGGUGGCCAAACAGGUCCUGCAGGCAGAAAUGGACAAAUCACGGGAGAAUUCUCUUAAGCGGAGAAGUUUGAGAUCAAUGUCCAGCAAGAGUGAAAAGAAGCUCUCUCCACAGGAUGACAGAGCUGAUUUGAAAUGCCAGCUCCAUUUUGCCAAAGAGGAAUCAGCGCUCAUGUGCAAGAAGCUAACCAAGAUGGCCAUGGAGAGUGAGACAAUGAGGGAGGAGCUCGCCAAAUACCGUCUGCUUUAUGGUGAGGUGGAUGAAACACAGGCCGCAGCGGGCACCAGCAACUCUGCCCACACCCGAGAAGCAGAAGCCAAGGUUCACUUACGUCUGGUUGAGGAAGAAGCCACGCUGCUGAGUCGACGAAUUGUGGAGCUAGAGGUGGAGAACCGUGGACUACGGGCAGAGAUGAGUGAACUGCAAGAGAGAGGAGGAAGCCUGGCGGAAGAAGAGCUGAUCAAGGUACCAGGCGAAGGAUUAGGAGAGCAAGGGGAGAUGGAACAUGCGCUUAGAGGUGGAAAUCUGGAGAAAGCAGAAGGGAUGACUACACAUACUAAUAUACACGUCAAUCAGACACAUUUAGAGGAAGGACAUUCAGAGAACUUUUCUAUCAGCCACAUGCACAGAGAGGGGCCGAUUGGUGGGGACAGUGACCCACCAGUAGAGCAGGAGCUGUCCAUUCAGAGCAGGGAGGAAGAAGGAAAAGCAAAAUCAGGCUGCACACUUCGCGUGAAGAACCUAGAAGGUCUUCUGGCCAUACGUGACCAGGCACUGCUUGUCAGAUCAACCAUCCAGUUUCUGACAGGCCCAGUAAAAAAUGGCCUCUCACCUACAUGUACCCAUAAGACCCCUCCUGGUGCUCCCUACCUGAGCAAAACAGAGGUGGAUCCUCAGUGCAAGACACAUCAAUGGCUUUUGGACCCCAUGCUGAGUCCCUUAACCAAUGGACUAGAGGUGCUACAGGCCCAGUUGUGUGCACUUGUAGAACAGUUGGGGGUAGUUACAAGCUCCGCCUCAGAACACCCUGCACCUGAUCUAGAGAAGACUUUAAAUUGUGCAGUUGAAGAGGACACAAAGAAUCAAUCAAAACAGGAAUGCCCAGAAGAAGGAAAUACUGUUCAUCUCAGAAUUCCUCUCGAGAAUGAAGGAUAUAACCAGGAUAGCCUAGUGUUGCUCACUGUACAGCUCCAGUGGUUCCUCCAGCGGUGGCGACAGGGACAGAGACCUACAGAAGAUGGAAAGAACCUGUUUGAGAUGUACUGUCAAAAUGAUCCUUAUAUUCUAAUGGACACAGAGUCACAGAGGUGCAAGUAUAACCCACAAGAUAAGUGCAACAGUCAGGUGAGCAGUGCCCUGCUGUCAGACCUGAGGGAAGCACUACAGGAUCUGUUAUCUGAACUGUGUAAGGAGCAUAGGGCCUCCCAGUAUGUCAUCUGGCAGUUUGCAAAUGCCAAAGCAGCGUGGGCAGUGGAGUGUGCAGAGCUGAAGAGCCUCAUAAUCAGGCUGGAGGGUCCAGCAGGGAAAGUAGGAGUAAAGGGUCCAUCAGACCUGAAUAUAGCUUUACAAAAGGACCACAUUGAGAAGCUUCAGCAUCUGUUAGCAGAGUCUUACGCUGCAGUCAUGGACCUGACACGGCAAUUGAAGACCCGAGAGAACACCUGGAGUUCUGAGCAGCAGGAACUCAUAGAACACCUGAACCACGUGAGAUUGCAAUGCAAAGGUUCAAAGAGAUCUAAGCACAAUGGGAAAAUGCAGUUCCUUGGAUGCAAGAUGAUGGAAAAAGAUGGAAUAAAGGAGAGGACAGCAGUCAAAACUGGCACAGCAAAAUCCAACAAAAACUGGAAGUACCUCAGCCAAGAGGCUGCCCUUCUGGACAGAGAAGAACCAUGUAAGACCUGGGACUACCCUGUCAUGCCUCCCAGUUUCCCUGGUCUGAAACUAAACCACGAAUCAAUGCAAAGAAGCCACACUGCUCCAGAGAGGACCAGCAUUAGGAUAUAUUACAGCCCUCCAUCAUCAAAAAGGAUCCAGCUGAGCUCUGUGAUAGGACAAGAGAAGGAAGAGUGUGAGGAGAGCCAGGAACCACAUUUCAGUGCUGUUUCCUCUGGACUUGUAAACCAAGACUGGGUCACUGCAUAUGAAAACUGUCUGGUCAGCCUGCCAUUUGACUGCCAAAGUUUGAUGGAGAGAGAUUCAAUGGCUGUCAUCAGCUCUACAUCCUCUUCUGCUGUUCAGACCUCUGGCAUUACAUCCCCAUCUCGCCUGGCUUUGAAUACCUUGGACAUCACAGCCAACUUGAGUGAUGACAUGAAGGAAAUUACUGCCAGUGUGCUGCAAACUUCCCAAUCCAUGGAGGGGAAAAGAGCAAGAGAUUCUGGUAGCAGUGUGCUGCGUGUUAGUACAGGAACUCAAACUCACGCCCAGCCCCAAGUUACUACAGUUGGGCUACAGACGGAUGGUCUUCGAAGUCUUUACGCUGCAAAGCACUGGUCCCCCCGGGUGACCUCAUUUGUAUCUGCAAGAACUCCACAGACCUCAACUUCUUUGGAAAGAGUACCUGGUUCAACAGAGCAGCUUCAGCCACUUACGACCUCUCCGAAAAUACAACGCAGACACUCUGUUUCCUCACCUUCUUCCUCUUCCACUUCCUCCUCCUCUUCCUCUUUCACCACAUCCUCUUUGUCCUCCUCCUCCUCAUUGAGCUCCUCCUCCCGGCUGGAAUAUGGAACUAAGGAGCGUGGUCCGUGGGGCCUGUCACCACGUGGUUCCCCAAGUUCUGCCUGGGCUCGUUCCACGACUAGCAGACCGAGCUCAGUAUCAGUGCAGGCCAGUGAUAAACCUGGCAGCCGGAAAAAUGUAGGGAUCCACAAGUACGGUUUGGUCCAGGAGUUUCUGCGCAAUGUGUGUGGUCGGGGAGAGAAGACCAACACUGAGGUGGAGAAAGCGCCAACAGCGCGAAGAGAUCACAUCGGUCUGGUGGGUUCAAAGAAAUUAGAGCACCCCCCCUCUCGUAUACCAGCGGUGCCUCUGGUCAGAAAUGACAGCAUCACCAAGAUUGUUAACCGCAGAUUUAUAAAACAAGGCCAAAAAGAAGAGGGAGUGUGUAGUCAGAGUCAGACCCAAACCCAGAGCCAAAUCAACAGGGGUUCGAUCAGUAAGAACAAGAGCCUGGAGGACGGAGCCUGUGACUGCAGUUCACGCUCCCUGACCUCCUGCUUUGCCCGACCCUCAAACAAAAACCUUCGGCAUGUUCACCGUCAGAGUAAGCCCCAUCCACAAGAAUGCCAUUCAGUUGGUGUGAAAGGGGAUCCUCUUGCACAAUGAGAGGGGGAGUCAUCAUAAGCAGUGACACCAUGGAACAGCUGCCCACGUUCAUAGGGACCGGAAGACCCACAUGGCAUCAGAGCAUAGUUCUACACAUCCCCUGCCCCUUGUGUGUUCGUUUAUUAAAUAUUUUUGUUGUAAAUAUUUCAUUUUGAUUUCAGCUACAAUAAGAUGUUUUCCAUGUUUACCAUCUAUUCCAUAGAAUUCAGCAGAUUUUCUCCUAAAAUCAGCACAGAAAAUAUGAGAAAAGUCUGCAGAUUCUGUCUGUGACAGGGGAUAGGGAAGGUUAUUAUUGAUGUAGACUUUUGAUAGAGGGAACAAAUUGGGAUUGUGCAGAAUCAAUGGUGCUGUUAUUGUUUCGACAGUCUUUAGACCAUCCCUUCAGUCCAUUGAUAACACAGUGUGAUGUGUCAUAAAAGUUAUUUCCAAUGACUUUAAUGAAACUCAGUUUACUUUAAUUUUAUUAUUAUAUUUUUAUUUACUUUGCUAAAUUUAAGGAUACAGAAAAUUAAGCAACACUUCUUAUCUAAGAAAAAUGUUUAUGUAAUAUAUGUAGCUUUUAAUAAUGGUUUAUGCAUAAUACAAUGUGUAUAAGAAACUGAUUAUGUUUAGAUGCCUUAUAACUGUAACCUGUUUCUCAUAGCUGUCUUAAUGUAAAAGUAUCCGUGUUGAAUAGUUGCAAAUAGUUGCAGAGGCCAAGCACCUUAACAGAGAUUAAUACAACUGUUUGAUAUUUGACACUUUUUAUGGCAUUUGAAUAAAAGCAGAUUCAUGUCAUUGUAUUAGUCCCUAUUACUGUGAUAUUGAGAGCAAAAAAAAAAAAACAAUGUAUGAAAUAGUUUUCAAUCCGGUGAUUGUGAUUACUCAUGAUUCUAGGACACACACACACACACACACACAAACUUGUUUUUAUAUCAUUGUGGGGACUCUCCAUAGACGUCCAUGCAUUUUAUGGAUUUUAUACAGAUCUAGCGAUAAUUUCUAUCCCCUAUCCCUAAACCUAACCCUCACAGAAACCUUUUUGCAUUUUUACAUUUUCAAAAAACAUCGUUUAGUAUGUUUAAUAAGCCAUUUCCCUCGUGGGGACCACUGGCUGGGCCCCACAAUGUAGGUGAUCUCAGGUUUUACUACCCUUGUGGGGACAUUUGGUUCCCACAAUGUAGUAUAAACAUGUAAACACACACACACACACACACACACACA